AUAAGCACUACAAGCUCUUGAUAGUAGUUGUAGUAUUACCACAGGCGAGUGUAGGUGGGCGUGGAGAUGUUUAUAUUUUGAAUUUGAAUAAUAUAAUUUUUUAAAUUUUUGAUUACUUAAGUUUUGUUUCACAUUUAUAUUCUCGAGUUAUUGUUCGGCUUCAUAAUUUAAUAUUAUUUGAAAUCUGUAUUCUACCUCCUAUCUCCUUAACAUAUUGAAACUAUCCGUGUUGAUGUCAUUUUGGGUUGGGCAUUUCCUUAUAUGUCCGUCUUAUUUUCUAAAGGUUAGAAUUGUUCAUUACGUCUGAUUAUCGUCUCAUUGAAUAAUCUAUUGUUUCAUUUUAUUGUGAUAAAACAUUAUUUGAAAGCAGCCAUGAGCACAUUCACGAAUGUUAGAGAGCAGCUUGGUGGCAGUCUCCAGAAGUAUAAUCUUGAAGUCUUUAAAGAGCCAAGAGGAAUCAUACGCAUUCUGCAAUUUGUAUUUGCACUAAUCACUGCUAUAGUGCUGAAGACAUAUGAGGGCUACAUAGAAAUUAACUACUGCUCCAAAACAAAUCCUAAAAAUGUCCGGUUAGAUUUUGAAUAUCCAUUUAACCUCAACAUUGUGUCAGCAAAGGUAGAGUGCAAUGGCACCUCUCCGAUAGUGUCACUUGGAAAUGAUUUCUCUAGCGAAGCUGAGUUCUUGUUCACAAUGUGCUGGGUUUCUGUAAUCUAUGUCAUCAUCAUGGCUUUCAUCUACAUUAAGUUUAGAGAAGAUUAUGAAAGCAAUGGAAACUUGGCUUUGGUUGAUUUUGGAGCUUCUGUGGUGCUAGCAGUACUGUGGAUUGCUUGCCUGGGAGCAUGGGGUUACGGCCAGAGCCAGCUGAAGAGCCUGACUCAUCCAGACUAUCUCAGAGCUAACCUGCACGGAUGUAGCCCAGGACCGGAGUAUAUUAACUGCAUCACCAUCACCCGUGGCAAUGUUGUAGGCCUUACAGAAUCUUUGAUUCUUUCCUUUUUAAACUUCUUCUUGUGGGCUGCUGGGCUUUGGUUUUUGUACAAGGAAACACCUUGGUACCUCCAGUUUCAGCGAGCUUAACUUCAGUAACUUGAAAAGGUUCUAUUUAUUAAUAGAAAGGAAGCAAAUUCCUUAUUUGUUUAAAAGUAUGUUAUUAUGUUUUUUAUAACACUUUUUCCGUUUGAUUUAUUGUGUGAUAAACAUUUAAAUUUAUCUGACUCAUGUUGAAUAAAAUUGUAUGGAAGUCUUUAGACCUUAAGGGGAUUCCAAGUGGUAAACAUUUGAUUUCUUGUCAAUAAUGAGUUUUUGGUUGAUUAUUAUACUUUGGAAAUUCCUCUUUCCAACAACAUAUAUGCCUUUAUGAUACAAAAAUUAUUAAUGAAAGAACAAAAAUUAAUAAAGUUGCACCUGCAACAAAAUUUCAGUGCGAGACUUUUCCUUGCAUAUACGGUAUCUAUUUUUCACUUCUUAUAGUAAUCAUUACUCUGUAUAUGUAUAUAAUUUUGGUUUACUGUGUUGGCUAACCAUCUGAUUGAAAAAUAGCUGUUCUUUAUUUCAGCAUAUGUUUGGUUAUGGAUGUUUACAAAUAAAAGUAUAACUUUUGUAAGAUUACCAACGUCGACAUUUGGUACAUACGAUGCUGUGAUAUUUUUCAAUGAAUGCUUCUCUAGCGGGUGUAAAGUGUUUAAAGAGUUGUGAAGCAGCUGAUUUUGACCGAGAUUGAACACUAGAAAAGGCAGCGAGUGAUUUAUAAAAAAAAAUUAAUAAUUUUAUAUAAGGAUCUACUAGAAGAACUGAUCUUUCAAGUAAAAAAGAAAUUAUGCUUCUAAGUUACUUGGUUACAGAGAUAAGUGACAUAAAGUUAUCAUGGUUGUUAAAUGGCAUUUGGACUCCCCUUAAUAAUAUUAUGAUUUUGCAGUAAUUGCAGUAUUGAAAAAUAUACUUAGUUUGUAUUACAUUAAAAAGUUUUAUAAAUCUGAAGUUAUACAAUAGUAUUUUAUGUUAAUUUAAUAUUGUGUUAUUGUGUUUUACACAAUAUUUGGUUAUUGUUAUGUUUGUUGCAUGAGUUCUUUUAGAAACUCUGACCUUGAUUUUUAUUAUUAAUGACGGUUUACCGUCCAUUUACAGAUCACAAUUUUGAGCAUAAAAUACAAAGAAAUGUAAGUUUUAGUUCCUAUAUAUAAUAUCAUUUUCAUAAAAUUGUAGUAUAUUAUUUAGAAAGUUUAAAGCUGUUUGUCUAAAUAUUCGCUCUGGUACUUCAAUGAAUUCAUCACAAAUUCUAGUAUUCAUGUUGAUAACUACAUUUACACAGUGUAAAGGAUUAUAAUUUUGUUGCUAUUAUAAUUGACUUACUCUCGGUUCAGCAGACUGCCUAUGUAAAACUAUAUUCUCAGGUCUAAAAAUGAAUAAGAUUCUAUUUUAAUAUAUCCAUGGCUUUUGUAAGAGUAUGAACAGACGGAGCUGAGCAUGUAUGGUAGCACAAAAAGCGCCCGAGUGACUUCAGAAAAAGUACUCAGGUUUAGUUAUUUUUAAAAUAUAUAAAUAGAUAAACUCCUAGGAAGUAUUAAGUUUUAAAUUAAUCUCAUUAGCAUAUGCUAAGUAACUCUUUCAAAGUGGGAUAUAAUUUCUGUAAAACACUAUCUCAUGUUAAUAGCAUUGGGUUUUUUCAAAUAUAGAUUAUUUUAAAAACACAGUGAAUGUUGAUCUUUUAAAUGUCCGGUUAAUUUGCAGUGAAAAAGUUUAAAAUGAGAAAAACACUUAAAAUAUAAUCAAAAAUAUAGAAUAUCAAAUUCUUAUCUAAUUAGUACACCCUAAAAAAUGUGUAAAAACUAGCUACCCUCCCCUCUCAAAAAUAGAGACGUUAUUGAAGAUACAUGUUGUAUUCUAUCAGCUAUAUAUAUAAUCUGUUAAUACAUUUUUAUUGUUAUGACUAAUAGAUAAUUAACUAUAUACCUCAUUAUACAUUUUAAAAUUGUAUUCUCUGGACUCCAUUUAGUUAUCAUUCGUCUUUGCUUAAAGGCAUUGUACAUUUAAUAAAUGUAGGAAUUGUUAUUCUUUUAUUACUUUAUUUAAUUUUUUUCAAUACUAUUUUGUUUUUAUUAUAAGAAUCUCAUCUUGAAAGUAAAAGUCAUUUACUUGAUGUAUUAAGAGCUUUUGCUACUUCCUUCUACUCUGUCUCUAAAUUCAUAGCCUUGGGGCAGUUUGUUACAAUAUAUCAGAUGAGUUUCUUUUUGAAAAUCUCUGUUAUAAGGAGUUUGGCGUCUACUGCAGGAUCAUUCGGUUUGUUCCAAAGUAAACUCACUCUGCUAUGCUACGUCACAAUAGAAGAUGCUCUUGGUCAUUUCCCACUACUUUUAAUAUCGUAGUUCACAAUGCUCCACCCUGCCAUGCUCCAUUUUUUGGCUGUUUGUACCCUUUGGUAGCUUUUUUAAUUCUAUAUUGUUUGUAAAACUUAUAUGUAAUGGAGUGUGAUUAAGUUUAAACAAAAACUGGUGGAACCUAAAGUAAAGGAAAGUCUCUUAGUAGAAACCCGUGCAUCCUUAGACAAGAAAAGCUCUUUCUGUUACUACUACUAUGAGAACUAGAAUAUUCUUAUAGUCAACUUGUCCAUUAGAGUUAAACUUGAAAUUUACAGAAUUUUAAUUGUUGUAAGAGUAACAAUGUGUUGUUAUUUAAUUACCUUUCAGUUAGACUUAGUUUUUGUAACAUCAUAAUCCAUGCACCAUGAGAAAGCUGAAACCCUGAGUUUCCCUCAGUUAUAAUUCCUUGUGCUGCAUCCUCACUGUGGCGAUGUGGUCAGUCCGUUUGGUAAAGCAGAUCGGCUUGGUCUACAGCAAGGCUGACCGGCUUUGUUGAAUAACACAAUCUUAUUAAAAAUUGAUUAGAGUCUGUAAAGAUGUUAUUGGUACAUCAAGGCUGACCAGUUUGGUUGAAUAACACAAUGUUGUUAAAAAUUGAUAAAAGUCUGCAAACAUAUUAUUGGAUGAACAUUUUUUUUGUUAGCAUCUGCGUUAGUUAUUAUUGUUGCUGUUCCCCCCCCCCCCCCCCCCCCCCCGAAAUACUAUAGUUCCAUAAUACAGGAAGAUCAUGGUAUGUCUGAAUCAAAUGUAAAACCUUUUUGUUGAGCCACCAUAUUUUAUACAGUGUAGUCCUCUCCUAAAUGAAGAAACGAGGUGGUAGUGCUGUUAUUUAACCGUAAGGAACAUCUACACUCCUGCCUGCCUGACAACUUCUUAGGCUGGGAUUGGCACACGGGCAUGGCCACUUGACAUAUGGCAGCACAAGCUGACUAUGCAUCCAUACUUACCGCUCGGCAAAGCCGAUCUAUGCUCUUUGACAUAGUGGGGAUGCAGCUUUAAAUAUUUGUAUUUGAUUAAAAAAUUAAUUUUUUUAACUUACGUUUUGCAGUGUUGUAAAAUUUACAACAAUUUUGAUUACAUUGAGGCUACUGAGUUUGGAUUUUAAAACAAUAAUAACAAAAUUAUUAGAAUACCCACAUACCUGUAAACCCAAAGUGUUUUGUUCAUGUAUUUAUAAACCUAGAAUAUUUUAGAACACUUAAAUAUUGAUUAAGAAAAUCCAUAAUUGUUAUUAGAAUAUAAUACAUAGUUUUUAUUAUGAUUGAUUUAUUAGCUUGAAUUUAAUUUGGCUCUUUCUCAAUAAAUAACACCAGAAUGCAGUUAAUAUUAGGCUAUACUAGUUAUUAUUGCUAUAUAUGAAUGUUUACAUAAGUAUUUCACUAACACUUAUACAAAUGUUGUUGUUUAAUAUUUAAUGUUUGUAUAGGAAAGCAAAUACAGUGAACAGCGUUUAUAACAUAUCCAUGCCUAAAGAGUAACAAAUUCUUAUAACAAAACUAAAUUUUUUACAAAGAGUAGUUUCUCAGUCUUUUUGAUACUGUCAUUCACACAUGUAUAAAUAAUGUACAUCACCUCUCCUUAAAUUGCAGAUUUUGAAUGUUUGGUUUUAAGUUUGGAUUUUGAUUAGUACCAAUAUUAAGUAUCAACAAUUACAGUAUCAAGCUAGUUAUGAUCCAGACCCAGUUGAGCAUUGAGCUGGUUCUGGUACAUGGUGCCAGUUUAUCAAUGGAUUAUUUCCUGAUUGAGGUUUGUUAUUACACAUGUGUUUUGUAACUUAUUGUGAAGUGACAGGUAACAAAAGGGUGUGCAUGCACAUAAACUUAACUGCAAAAAUAUAUUUCACGGCAAUAUUUUACGUAAAACGCUGGAAUAGAAGUGGUUUAUUAUACAAAAUUUAAAAUCUACAAGAUAAAGCAUUUUCAUAAUCUGUCCAUUCCAUCUCCAAAGUUAUAAAACAAAGCAACUACCAUAUAUAAUUGAUUCUGUGAGUACAUUUUUCUUCUCAGGCCUUUAAAGUUUUCAUAGCAGAGUUCACUGUAAUUGCUUUGUAUUUUAUAUAAACAAGUGCCUUAUAUUAUAGUGAUAUAUCAGUCAAAUUAAUUGUUCUUAAAUGAAUAUUUAUUGUGAUUUUCAACACAAUAUAAGAACUGAGUAGGAUGUUUCUUUGUAACUAAACAUAUCCUUUAGGUUUAUAAGAUGAUGUUGAGAUUGUUAUAUUUUAAUACCUUAUCAAAUGUCAAAUAAUGUAUUUUAGACAAACCAGUUGUAGGAUUUAAAAAUACAAGUCAUGGUUUCAGCCAAGGAAAAACGAAACACUGAGUUGUAUUUUAAUGUUGAGAGAUACAGAUGUGCCUCCCAUUCUAGGAAUUGCAUUAAGAAUGAAAAAUCGUUGUUUAUUUGUUGAAACUCCAGCACAUCAUGGGUAUGCACAUGAUAAAGUAUUCUCAGCUGGGAAACAUUUUUUAGCAGGAAAUGAUCCAGCACUUAUGUUCUAGAAUGAAUGAAUGAGCUAUAUCCUCAAAAAUAUAAAAUAAAUAAUGUAUGAAACAGA